AUGACAGAAGGAAGGAGGAGUGAAAACAGAGAUGUAAAAGCUGGUAUGUGAAAAUGCAAAUAUGAUUGUUAAUCUGACAGCGUUAAACCGAGGGGUGAAGAUCCCUGAUGUCUUUGUUUCAACACCUAAACGUGCUUCGUGUCGCAGAUAGAAAAUGCAGUAUAACAUCUGAUCAAUUGUCCCAUUAUUUGUCCGCAUGAAACAAAAGAACGACGCUUAUCAGAAAUGUAAUGAAUGCUAAUUGUUGCACUAAAUCAAUGUGGCGCGAUGCCCGGUUUCUUCUGUGCUGCACGGACGAUAUCUAAUUGUUUCUGCAGAAAACUCAUUAGGAGUCAGUUGACUGGAAACUCUCGCAGGAGAAUCUCCGCAGUCAUCUGAUAACCUCAGCGUUCGCUUUCAGAGUUCACUCCAAAUCCUCUUACAGAGACAGUGAGAACAAAAAGCCCCUGAUUUCCCUCAGGUGGGAUGAUAUUAGUACACUUGAUUAUGAGAAGUCACAUUCAAAACACUCUUUGAAAACGACAGAAAAUGCUCGAUAAGAGUGUUGACUGCUUAGAUAUCUGUGGUGAAAUCAACAUUUGCUCUUGUGCAAAUAAGUGUUAAAAGUUAUCAAGUUUGUGUGAGAAAUCCAAAAAUCCAUAUAUGUUGUUUUCUGGCAUAAUUUGCAUGUGGUUUUAAUGACUUAAAUGAGGGAAAUUAUGGGUCAAGCACUCUUAACCAUGUCUUGGUGUGACUUUAGGGCCUCUUUGCCCUCUGCCUGUACUUGCGCACGUCAUGCCCCCUCUCCUCUCGCCCUCCUCGCUCAGGGGAGCACUUCACUGUAACGCUAGCUGCAUCCGUUGCAUCUUCAUCCCUCAUUAUUUCACCCCUCAAAGACCUUUGCUGGAAAUAGGAGAUGCUGCAAUCCAGAGGAAAGGUUUAACUCUUUGUUGUGUCACGCUGUGAGCUGUUUUGGUCUAACUCUGCCCGCCAUAACUCACCACACGCUCAUCAAAGAAAACACUCGCUUUAAGUGGGGGGGAAUCUUUGUUCGGCAUCAAAUAUUCAUCAUGAAAUAAACAUGUUUCAGUAGAGGUUCCACUGAAAUACCCACUCUGAUCUUCGUUUUACAGUCAGGGCUACCAUUAAUGCUGCCACAGUCAAUAAAAGCUCACAUGGCUGCUUGUGUGUGGAAGAUAUUGCCUUAAAGCUUCUGUCAGGAGUUUUUCAGGCAUUUAUGAAAGAGAUUGAAAUUUGAGUUGUUGUCUUUUUAUGAUGUAUAAAAGCAAACAAGGCCAUCAGAGAAAUCACUCACAAUCUUAUGGUGACAUUUUUAAGCCUGAAGGUCUUUUGAGGGGGUAGAUGUCAGUCAAGCAACUGAAUAAACAGCCCUGUUUUUACAUUUUCCACUUAAAAUUCUCACAAUAAGCGACAUAUUUGACUGUCAGCAGUCAGCAAGAUGAGAGGACACUACUUUGCCAAGUGGAGGACAAGAGAAGCCAAAAGGGGGUCCCAAAAUUAACUGAAAUGAAAAUCCUCACUCAGAACUCAGAAGGGGUUUUAUGGCAAUUAUCGAUGAACAGGAUUCACAGACUAGGAAUUUGUUUUGGCAUGAUGGUGCAACAAUAAACAGAGAGUAAUAUAAAAUACUAGAAUAAAAACUAAUAAGAGCAGGCAAGAAAUAAAGUAUAAAAGUAUAAAAAUAUAAAAGGUUAUGUACAAUGCUAUGUUCAAUAAGUAUAAAAGACAACUAUACAAUCCAGAACAACAGUGCAGUGGGAGGAGUGCAAUUAAAUAAGCUUAAAUAAGCACAGGAGCUUUAAUAAGCGCACCCAACAUGAUCCGCUGAUUUUCACAGUUUUUUCAAUUACAUGGUUUGUUGUAUUCAGAUUCAGAUAACUUUACUCAUCCGUGAAGGGUAAUUCAUUUCACAGUAACCCACCUUGUUAUUAAACAAUCAAUAAAAUAAUAAUAAAAUAAAUAAAUAAAUAAAUAAAUAGAUAAUAACUAUAUGUGCAAUAUGUCCAACAGUGAAAUGACUAAAAUGCAAUGAGAAAUAAUGCCAUAAAAGAAGUAAAAUAAGAACUAAAAUGAUCAGAGAAAGAAAUCUGAAAUUAUAUAAAAAAAAAUCCCAGCCUCCCAAAACAGACAUACAUAUGGUUUGUUAGCAGGCAGCAGGCCAGAGAUGAACCUAAAGAGGUGGCAGAAACCAAAAACACAGAUAAGAGAGAGCCUGAAAAUGUGCCUUCCAUUUCCGCAGGUGUCAUUGCAUAUUUGAUAUAAACUGGGUAACAGAUGCACUUAAGGUUAUCAUCCUUUUGAUAGGAAGAAUUUUAGAAAUGACAUGUUUUUACGGAGGCAAAAAUGUUCAGACUGAGUUUAGUUUUGCCCACUAGUUGGACCCGUAAGUCAGACAGAGUGCUUUUGACUUACUGGAGCACUGUCUGUGGUCUAAUUAUAAUGUAUUGUGUCCACUUUUACCCAACUUUCAGAAAUGUGAUCAAAAUAUUGUUUUUCAUGCUAAAAUUUUUCAUAGACUCAUAAAGAACCUUUGAUGUAAUUUCUUCUCAGAGGAGAUGUUAGCAGAUGAUGGACAGAGUUUAAAACGAGACUCUUUUAAAGUCUUCUUUAAGGCUUUAAGAAAAAUCAAUAGCAGACACAGAACAAGCAGCCUUACUUACAUCUGAUUAAAUAAAUCUGUCUGAUUGCACCACUAAGGGCGAAAACUCGAUAGCCCUGCUGAUGGUUUCUCCCUCGACUUUACAGCUUGAUCUGUUCCUCUCUUCAAACACUCUGCCUGUCUGUCCCCAGAGGCUCUCUCCUCAGCUACAUUAUGAUUGAUCGCCGUUUCUAUUUCAUUCGGGAGUCGGGCUGUAGAGCAGGUAAAUGAAUUGUGGGUGGGUUUGUCUGUUCCAUGAGCAGGGUGUUGAAUACUGUGUAUAAAUUAUCACAGUUUGACUGACAUUUCAUACCCCACUAUUAUUUUAAUUGACAGACAACAGCUAUUUGUAUGUUGCUGUAAAAAGAGCCCUGCUGAAUUUGAGUGUACAUGACAUCCAACCAAUAAAUAGCAAAGUAGAGAUGGAUGUCUAUAUUCCUGCAGAUACACAGGAUUUGUCAGUUUAAUUUGUUGUUUCAGUGUGCCUUACUGUAUUGAGGCCUUUUAUUAUUUUUCCUGUCAUUGCAGCACCAAAUAAGGAAAUAAGUGGACGAAUAUAAAAAAAAAAAUCCAGAUGAAUAAUACAAACUCAUUUUUUUCUCUGCAGUGGUCAAUCUACAUAAUACUAAUGUGUUUACCAUGAUUGAAUUCAGACACAUUUCUGCUGUAUUUCCGCUCAUUCGAGGUUUUAUAUCGACAAAAAUCCAUCAAAUGAUAAUAAUACUGUUAGGUUAAAUCACUGGUGUUUCAAUAAAUGGUUUGGUUGAGUCAGAGGUACAUUCAAUAAAUGCUGUUAAGUAUGACAUGUGAAUUAGUUCUAGUCUAAUUGACACAGAGCGGUUCCUGCUGUUGUGUUCAGGGACAUAAGGAUCCAAGCGGGGCCUUUUUGUCACAGAAAUAUAGAAGAAACAUGUUUCCUACUAAAGAUUCAAAUCAAUAGUAAUGCUCCUGAGAAUGACUGAGUGCUUUUACAAUCAAGUGCUUGAACUCACAAACAGUAACAUGUAAAAAAAAAACACAUCACUUCGUUGACGAUCACGACUGUGUGAUUUUCUUUGGAGAGAAACUUGCAGAGUUUGUAGCAGGAAACUUGUGAGGGAGUGAAGACUGCAGGCAUUAUUAAUUGUCAGGGCUGAUCCUGCAGAGUGAUCAAUCUGCUGUUAGAGUCGGAUUGUUGGGAGGUCGGUAAUGAAGUCAGCAGACUGACUUCAACACUGACUCUGCGCAGCCUGACUUACAUAUUGAUGAUCUAUUGCUGCACAAGACUGAAGAGAUUCUCACUUCACUGCAGCUUAGAGAGUACAUUGUUCGUUGAACUUCUUCUCAUAGACCACAAUGGUUAUUAUUUUGUCUGUAUCCUGUAUGAGCUUUACAUUUGAAUAUCAGCUUUGUUCGCUGCUAGUUUAGUAUAAUUUUGUAGUGUCCUUUGUAUUGGUAUACUGAAAGCUACAAAGAGCUGAGUCAUUUAUUUGGCACUUAAUUAAUAUUUAUUGCAAAUAUGAUCAUUUUGAUUAUCAUAACCAUAACAAGUGCUGAUCAUGGGAUGGGUGGCCCCACAAUACAAUAUUAUCAUGAUACUUGGGCCACGAUAUGAUAUUAAUGCGAUUUUUAACAUUUUGCAAUACGGUGAGUAUUGCGAUACAUUAUAUUGCAAUUUAUAUAAUUUUUUGGUGACACAUUACUAAUCUGUUGAAUCGCUUAAAUCUGUGGUUGUGUGAGUCUGUUUGUAGAUAAAGACCUUCACCAAUUCUUUAUAUAUUCUUAUGUAAUAUUGAUAUUAUGUAGUAUUAAAACCUACUUCUGUCUUACAAAUGACUGCAGCUUAUCUCUCUUGCAGGACAAAAUUGGAUAGUGCAACACGGUGACGCUCCCUGACAUUCGGGACACUCCAGUUUUUCAUCAUUUUAAAGGUCAGUGCUGCAAGACAAUCUGCGAGUGGAUAACAGUACAAUUAAGCAUAAAAAAAGCCUCUGCGGGUACAUGAGUAUUACAUCAAAAUAAACUGAGUGACAUUAAAGCUCCCUGUGUUUGUGCACAAAGUGGUUACACUUGUUUUUGGCUUAAAUCCACAUAAAUCACCGCUCAGCUCACACUCACAUGUCCUCACAUUAUGCAUAAUUUUGAUCAGCUCAGUGUCGGGGGUCCGAGGCUGUGGAAACAGGUGGUUCUCUCUCUCCAGGAGUUGGCCCUGCACUCAGCUAAAGUUAGCCGUUUGGAUGGUGCCGGUUGGCCACUAGGCUUAGUUCCGCUAGGCACAGGGUCAGUGUAGCAGGGUGCCUUAAUGACGCUUGGCUCCCACUCCCAAAACAGGAUUAGGUGAUUUGUGGCCAUGAGGCCGCUAUAAUUGCCCCUGAUUACCAGUCGCCAGUGCGGUGUAGAGAAAGGUCACUUGGUCUGCAGCCCUGAAACCCUUUGGGCUCAUAAUCCCUCAACGCCCCGUGUCUGCCCGCUCCACACCUCUGAGUCUGCAGCGAGAUCUGGAUCACCUCUUUUGUCUGUUAUUGUCUGAGUCUUAAUCGUUUCUUCUUUCCUGUCGCUGUUCGGUGAAUGGAAAACAGAAAACAAAGAAAAACUGCUGCUGACGUUCCAGCUUCACCUCCGAGUAUGUGCUCUGUCCUUUGGGUUGCUCAUUAUCUUUGGCUGAAAAUAUGUGACCUUGUUUGGAACUAAAAGAAAAUCGACAUAGCACUGGUGCAUUGAGAAAAAUCCACUUCUAUCACAUUCUUGCCUCUUGUUAAGCUUCGUAAAGGCUUUGGAAAAUUCCCUCAAGCCUCCUCUGUGUUUUUCCUUCUAAUCGAGGGAUUUCUCUCCUCUUUUUUUAAUUCUAGCUUUUGUUUGCCUCCGAAAAGAAGCUUCUUGUACAGAUAUAAUUAGCUGAUUAAUGUGUGAAGUUACAGACAUCUCCCUUCUGAGGUGAAAAUCCUCCUGUUAGUCUCACGGUGUGAAAGUGGAAGAUGCUUAUCACUUAGUUUAAGAUUGUAAACGUUAAGGGUUUUCUCUGCACAGAGGCUGGAUGGUGAGUGCGAAGCCAACAGGUAUUGAUAAAUUCAAAGCGUUGACAUUUAUAUGUCUGUAUGUACAUCUGCUUCUUCAGCUGAGGUUCAUAUGAAGUGCUGUAUAUUCUUGAAGGCAGAUUUCAAGAGCUGGAAUUUGUGAAAUAAGCAUUUUAUAUAUGUUCUCAGUCUGUUUUUGUCCUUUUCGCUCGUCUUUUUCAUCUUACCUUAAAGACAUUUUAUAUUUAAGCCCCUUCAAUAGCAAAGUUAUUGCAGGCUAAUUAUACUCUGGAGGAUUUUUACCGAGUUAAUCCAUCUUAAUCACAGCCAGCAGUAAUUCUGCAGAGAGAAGUGGAAGUGAGAAUAGAAAGAAAGUGGGCGAGCUUUUAACUGCAAGUUAUGAUAUCCGAAACAAUCUCAAAGAUUAUAACUUUGAUGAAUAUUUGAAGCUGUUUUGUCACUUUUUGUGUUAGAAUGACAAACACAAUGAGCCUGUGGAUCAGAGCUAUCGCAUUUCCAUCAAUGAACUUGGCAUCAACAAUGACAUUUAUACGAAAAAUAACAAGAGAUGCAUCAAUGAGUUUUAUUAUUUUGGUUUCCAAGAAAGGAAAUAUGAAAAACCACCACAGAUUAAACCUUCAACUCACUCCCAUGACAAAGACACAUUUGACCAUUGGCAGGGCAUCUGUCUGGAGAUGUCGCAAGUAUCACAAGUACACCAGCCAAGCUCCAAAGUCACACCUUCAUUUAUUACUUGUCACCAGAGAAGCUACCAUAGACAAGGACAUUAUGACCUUAUAUAUAUGAAGCAGUAUUUGGUAACACUUUACCUGAUGCCGAUCUCUUUAACACAUUAUAAAUAUACGUAUAAUGCGUUAUAAUCAUGUUACAGCACUGUAUAACUAUAGUUAUAAACACUCAUAAACGAUCAUAAUGGUUUAUAGCAAUAAUCAUAACACAUUAUAAAGUAUUUUAUCAUGACUCACAAGGUCAGGUAUUAAAAUAUGUUAUGCUUAUUGUUAUAAUAAAUGUUUAUAAUAUAGUUAUACAAGUUUAUAAGCAAAUUCACAUCAUAAAUAUAUGUAUAAUGCAUAAUCUAUGUGGGCAUUGUCAGUGAGUUGGGAACAGUUAUAACACAUUAUAAUACCUGAACUUGUGAGUCAUGAUAAAAUGCUUUAUAAUGUUAUGAUUAUUGCUAUAAAGCAUCAUGACCAUUUAUGAGUGUUUAUAACUAUAGUUAUACAGUGCUAUAAUGUGGUUAUAACGCAUUAUACAUAUAUUUAUAAUGCGUUAUAGAGAUAGGUGUCAAGUAAAGUGUUACUGAGUAUUGUAAUAAAUACAGCAGUUUUCUUUAGGCUUCAAUAAAUUAUAAUCCCUCAAGAUUAAAUAAUAAGACUUAAUUUUAGUUUGAAAAAUGCCAAGUGAGGUGAAGCAUCAAAAAAUCUCCAGAUUAUGUUACAACUAGAUCACAUUAAAUGAAAAAUUACAACCAAACCAACAAGACAGCUCCAUUCAGUUAUUGUUAUCAUGUCACCAUGAAUCAGUGUUGAAUGUUCUCGAUGGAGGCUCACAUAUAUAUAAGGGCAGACAGGGGAACAGGAGCCCUUGUGAAAAGGUGGGGGUGGACAUAAAGGUUGAGAAGUACUGAACUGAAAUAGCCAUCAGUUUAUUUUCGCUUAGCAGUUUUUGCAGUGAAAGGCGUUUGGAAAGUGUCCUUCACUCUUACUCAUAUUUGCAGCGUCGGCACAAAGCCUUUGGACUCGUGUUUGAUGAAUUCUUCGUCCCUUGUAAAACCAUUCAGCCGCCUCACGAUGGAGGACUGUGAGCUGGGCUUAUAAAAGAUUUAUGUGACAAACGCCAUUUUAGCAAGUGUCAGCCGAGUACCACAACAUGUGUGUUAUUGUUCAUUGUUGGGUGCAGCCAGCCCUCCUCCUCAGGUCCUUGACUUUUCACAUAAAGGAUGAUGAGAAUGACCCAGUGUGACUGUUUGUUCUCCAAUUUGUUCUGCAGUUCCUCUGGAUCCUGAAAGGUGCCUUUGGCCUGAAGCAGAGCUCCCUCUGAACUGACUGAAUUGCUUAACUGGGUGAGAAAUUAAGAUUUAUCUGCACAUCUGUGAGGCUCUGGCUGUUCGCAGUCACAGAGUGUUUAAACUUCUCGCUGCACAAAGACAAAACACCAAAUCAAGACAGAUUUGAGCAAGAGUUAGAAAGUAUCAAGGUGUUUACUUAAUCCCCGCAGCUAUCACUUUCACGUCAGCUGUCCAAAAUCGUGACUCAACUCUUUCUGUGCAUUUUUGAACUGUUUCAUUUAUUCUGGCUUAAGCUCUUCACUAUCGUCUGAACUGCCACUCCACCUUCAUUUCCUGCCAGGCCCCAGUGCAGGCUCUCCCUCAGCUGACCUCUCACACAGUGAACCCCAUGAAUGGACAAUAGUGCCCUUCAGCAGGGCCCCAUGACCACAGCAAAGCCUGCAGCUGGAGCACAGAGCGAGGCUGCCCCGGCCCGAGGGUACGCUAACAGCUGAGAGAGAUCACUGAGCAGCCGAGGGGAUUUUUGGAGAAUGCUCGGGGAAUCACAGAUGUGAGAGAUGAAGAGUGGACUCCACGCCAUGCCAGAGGAUCAAGAGCUGAAGCUGUUUAUUAGAUGCAGAGGGGGAGCUGCCUCUAACAGGUGCUCGGGGGCUGGAUGUUGUAUCUGGGAAGGGACAGCACACGGGUGAACCUCUUUAAAGCCUCGGGCUAUUUGUCAUCAGACAAAGGAGGACAGGGUCCAGAGCAGUUACAGCCAAAUCUAAAGAGUCUCUCGCUGAAGAUGAAAGAUUUGUAUGAAGUGACAGAAAAUCAAAAUCUUUAACCUUUAAUUUUUCCCCUGUGGAAAAUAUCUACCACGUCUUUCACAAACAGAAUAAAAAUGCUUAUCAUAGGGACAAGAAUUUUUUUUAUAUUGGGAGUUUUGUUGGAAAAAAAAAACUUGUCCUCAAAAUAUCAAGUCAACUUUAAAGUCAUUUUAUACAAGCUGAAACAAAACACCAUUUUUCACAGGCUAGAUGCUGAGUAAAAGGAUCCACAAAACAAACUAGCAGAUCAAACAAAAUACAGAAGACAAAUAAAGCAGGUGUGCUACAUCAGGUGAGUGAGAUCCAGAGUUCAAAAGCAAAAAAAGACCCUCAGGAACAGGAUAAAGGAUCAUUACGUCAGAGUUUUUAACCCCUGAAAACUGCGAGAGGGGAGGAGUAGGUGAUGAAACAACUCUGUUUUUAUGUUUUCUGUGUAAAAUAUUUAUUUAAAAAAUGAUUUAUUUCACUGUCAAGCAUUAAUUGUCAGACAAUACAACUUUGAUUUGUGUUUUUUAUGGCAGAUUUGUGUUUGUGUUGUCGCAAAAGCACAAUAUGAUUUUUAAAAUCCCCCUACGUCGUCAUUUUAAGGUGUUUUCUCUACAACAUAAAAUAGUUCACACACAGUUAACUCAACACAGAUUUUCUGUUGAUGAAUCUGGACCUCCUUUACUUCAGAGACAUUUUCAUUGAGCUUGUUUCAGCUCAGAGCAAUCACAGCGUCUCAUCUAAUGUGGUGCUGAUUUGAUAAACCGUCAUAAACAGCAGUUAAAGAUUCAUGUACAGAGAAGUGCUGCUGAAGAAAGAUGUAAACAACCAAGAUGGCAGCUGCCGAGUCUGUAUGUUGACAGCCCUCUGCAUCAGACACACCCUUCAUUUUGUAAAUUUGCAGAAAUAAAAAUGAACAGAGAGGUUCAAGGCUUUGGGUUUUAAUUCUAAAAGUUUUUUCAAAUUUUUCCCUCACUGAUUCUGUAGUUCAAGAGAGAAAUAGGUCAUGAAAUUAACCUGCUUUGAUUUUUGGCAAAGGUUCUGUCUUCACCCCGUCACAUUUAAAGGAAAUGUAAAGUAGGUCAUGUAUUUUCGUUUGCAUGAGUAGAUUUUCACGCUCCUUUCGAGCUGUUCCGAGGGUUUAGCAGAGUUAUGGAGCCGGCUGAUGCAGUAUUGACCUUUGCUUUGCUUGUGUAAUGAAUGAUCAAUACCUCUUAGUGAGAACGUGUCUGUAACAAGUUGUCAGGGCGGCAGCAGCUUCUCUGACAUCUUUGUGAAGAAACUUGUUGGUAUCAAACUAAUCGCUUUCUGGUGAUUAGAAGCUUGUUUUGGUGUCUCAUUUCCCCUGAAGGCUUUCUAAUUAGACGGAAAAAAAAAAUCAAUUAUGGUUAAAACACACCAAACGUGUCUUAUCUUCUCUCGCCAGGAAGUUGUUUGGUAGUUUUAGCCACGGGGCAAACGCAGGCUAAAUAUCUAAAUGCUAAUAAGAAGGAGGGAAGGGAAAGAGUCAACGUAGGGAGGGAACCAUCAAUCUGGUCAUCUGACAGAUCAAUAUGAUGGAGAUUCUGUCAUUAUCAUCAUCAUCAUCAUCAUCAUCACGGUAAGUCUUAACUUGAUUAGAAAAAGCCUUUCAGUCCAGCCAGCUCGGCUGCACGGUGAAGUCGUCCAAAUACUUGCCGGCGCCCUUGCUCUGCCUCUCCAAAUGAGUUUUCAUUAGCAUAAUGCUGUGUGCUGCUGCUCGGUGAUUUCUUUUAAUCAACCCCGGAGUCACUGGUAAUUAGUAACAGACGACUAAUGGAUUCAGAUGGACACUCUUGGCAUCCUCUGACUUAUCUUUGGCUGAUUUGAUACCAAGAGGAAUCUCAAUGGCAGCUGCGACUGACAAAUGUAUUCAUAUCAGGGGAUGGAGGCAAAUUAAAAUAGGUUGACAUCGAUUUUAAAACAGCUGUCUCCUCAUGAAUUCAGCACAUUUUGAUAUUCGGUCUUACACCAGCUAUUGUCACUCAGAGCUGGCUGUCUCCAGCACAUUUUAGCUCAAUGGAUCACAGAUUUGACAUCAACCUAAUCUUCCCCCGCAGGAAAAAAACACACCCCUCCUCAGAGCCGAUUGGAGGAAAUUGACAUUCCCCUCCACCGUUUCCAUCUCGGACCGAGUCUGGCAGCUUUGUUUCUCCACAGGACAUGUAGUGAUUGGAGUUCUGAGAGGUAAUAGGAGGAAUAAUAUCCUGCAGUGCGGAGACACAGAGUGAAAGGCUAAGAGAGUCACAGAUGAGGAGAAAAAAAAAGUUGUUAAAAUUCAUAGAAAGAAAAAAAAAGGAAUCAACUGCAGAAUACAUUACCCAGCAUCAACUGUUCCAAGGACGGCAAAGGUCAGACUGCUCGUCUGGCGCUUGGUCUCACACUCAGUGGGACUGUGGGACUACAUUGUAUAGUAAAAACCAGGGAUUAUAGAAGCUGAGAGAAAAGCUCCACAUCCAUACUCUGAACCUGUGAUGACUUUGCUGCAUCACUGUCCACAUAGAUACCAGCAUGUGCAUGUGUGUAUCCUAUCUGCUUGUGUUUGUAAAAUGACUGUAGCCACUGACCCAUUUUUUCCUCUUAAAUUUAGCAGCCACGCAACGCCCCAACGCUCCUCUUCACUCAGCUGCUCUGACCUUUGAUAGAGCAGACUUAGAGAUCAUGUACCCUGCAAACCCAGAGCUUGUCUGCAGCCUAAUCUGUCCUCAGGCCGAGUCUGAUGUUGCCCUGAGCUUAGGCGAGUUCAUUGCAGACACAGAAAUUCACCAGGAUGUGUUCCAGCAGGAUUGCAAAUUACUAACAUUGUUUAAUCAUGGAUUGAUAAGAACAAUAGUUUCCCCGGAGACCAGACUACCACGCACUUAGAUCCUAGACAUACAACCUCCCAAACAUCACUCUUUGUCAUUCUGUUUGCUUGCGGCCUACUGUUUCUUAAAUAUACACAGAUCACUCACGCCUACACACACCGACACAGACAAAGAGUCCGUCCAAACGUGAGUGAAAAUUUUAAAAAGCUGUGCUUUCCCUCUUUUUUCUCUCAUGCUUAAAUCCCCCUCCAUGCCCUCCAACCUCUUUUCUUCCUCAACUUUCCUUCUUCAAAGUUAUGAUAGUGUGAGAUUAAAUUUAACCAGAGGCCCCACCCAGACCGCCUCUCCCUCUCCCUCCUUCCCAGGGACUCAGUAUUUCAACACAAGCUGUGUGUAUGAACGAUGAGGAGCCACACCCCGCAGCUGUGCACCUGGAACUGCUCCCAUUCCAGCACACCAGUGAACCUUCACACCUGUUCACACCUGAGGCCUGCGCCUCUGGAUAG